GAUUUAUUGGACAAAUAGGCCAAUAGUCAUACCACUUUUCCCUCUACUUCUUUUUUGGAUUCUGCGCGUUAUUCUUCCGAACUUCCCAACUUCAAAGUUUCUUCUCACUUAUGGCGGCUUCAGCGGGAGGAGGCAAUAGUGGUGGCGCAGCCGCGACGGGGGUGGUGGAAUGGCACCAGAGGCCCCAGAACCCUAAAAACCCUGUUGUUUUCUUCGAUGUAACAAUCGGGACUAUGCCCGCCGGCCGUAUUAGAAUGGAGCUUUUCGCCGACAUUGUCCCCAAGACAGCUGAAAAUUUCCGGCAAUUCUGCACUGGCGAGUUCAGGAAAGCUGGCUUACCUGUUGGCUAUAAAGGGUGCCAAUUCCAUAGGGUGAUUAAGGAUUUCAUGAUACAAGGUGGCGACUUUCUCAAGGGAGAUGGAAGUGGUUGCCAAUCUAUAUAUGGGAGCAAGUUUGAAGAUGAAAACUUUAUUGCGAAGCACACCGGUCCUGGGCUUUUAUCAAUGGCAAAUAGUGGACCAAAUACGAAUGGGUGUCAGUUCUUCAUCACUUGUGCAAAGUGUGAUUGGCUUGACAAUAAGCAUGUAGUGUUUGGGAGAGUGCUCGGAGAUGGUCUUUUGGUGGUCAGAAAGAUUGAGAAUGUGGCUGUUGGACCUAACAGUCGACCUAAGUUGCCUUGCGUGAUUGCUGAAUGUGGAGAGAUGUGAAAUUCCAGCUCUGAUGUGCCCAUGUUGUUGUCUCAUAAUCUCACUGUUCUAGCCUUUUUACGGAUGUAAAUUCUGAAUUCCGAUCUUGUUUCCUCGGAUUUUAAAUUUUUGUUGCGAUUUGAGGCCUUUAACAAGUAUACAAAUUCUAACCUCCGUAAUGGUAAUUAGCGACAUUGUUUUGUGAGUUAGAUUGGGGACAUGAUUUUUGCAAAUAUAUGACAAAUUCAAACUCGACUCUUAAUUAUAUGAUGUAAUAAUAUGCGACUCCCUGCAAC